AUGUCUAGUCAUUAUUUAGCAAUGUCCGCCUAUAAUGGUUUUUCUAACUUUAUGAAUAACCAACCCACUUCGGCCCCUAGCACCUCGGAAAACUCCUCCGGAUGCUCCUCCCCACCAUGUUUCCGCUUAGGAGACACUCAGACAGCUCCUUUGCCUGAGAACCCGCAGCAACCCACUGGGCUUGCGGAUGAAGAAGAUCUCGGGGAAGAUGAUGCGCUCGAUGGAUGUUUCCAAUCCAAUCCUACUGAUUCCAAGGCCCGAUCGAAUUAUCACCCAUACGCUAGAAAUGAGGCCAAGAAUUCCGGUGGCCAAGGCUCGAAAUUGAAAGCCACUACCGCCGAGAGACGAGCUACUCACAACGCCAUCGAACGCGCCCGUCGAGAGUCUUUGAACGGCCGAUUCCUCGAGCUUGCUCGUGCAUUACCCACCAUGCAGAGCGUCAAACGUCCCAGUAAAAGUGUCAUUGUCAACAAAAGCUUAGAAUGGAUCUGUGAAUCUCAGGUCCGUGAAUAUGAAUUAGCACGCGAGAACGCCUUUCUUCGCAACCAGAUCAAUGAAUUAAGAGCCCAACUUCAGAUGGAACCAUUGCCACCGACCCGCUUAUUGAUGCCACAGACCCAGCAAGUCUCCUACGGUUUGGCUGGCGUCCAUCCAACUGGAGCCACCACCGGGCUUGAGACUACUCGCAACUUCAGUUCCUCCGGCCCGUACUCUUUGCCAUCCCAGCAACCAUUAAUGACUCAACGCUCCAAUAGCAUUAGCUCGAAGUACCAAACUCUACCUGGAUCGAAUCCUGCUGAAGGACAGUCAUCCCCCCCGACACAAUCGGCGAUGAGCCGUCAACCAGCGGCCGGUCCGUUCUCAGUCCGACAGCCUUCGAUGGCUCAAGGUUAUCUGUCACCGAGGAGCAUGUACGAGUCUAAUGAAGGAGUCGAACGAACGCUCGAGGAAAGUAAGAAAGCCUUGAGCUCUCAAUCCUUUGGGUCGAUUCAAGCAGCCGUCGAUGAGAAAGUCUCUACCUCGGUCUAUCUUCCCGGACUCUCGCUCCACGCGGAUUCGGGCUCACCCUUCCAGAGCUUAUCCGAGCCGGAAGGUCCGUUGAGUACCGCGAGUAGCUCGCCCAACCGUCUGCGAUACUUCUCGAGCUCUGGUAGCUCGGAUGGCAGUGACAAGAGCGCCUCUGGAGUUGAUUACCCUAGUGCUGCUACUGGCCCAUUUGGUGGGCCGCGUAAGUCGCUCGUCCGGGCCUCUGUUGACCAACUCAACCCUGGUGGUGGUGGUGGGCAAGUGGAGAUGAAUGGGGGUAAUAAUCCGAUCGUCUCUACGGAAGUCCCGCUUCCAAUCGAGCCUUUCGAAGCCGCUCAUCAUCAUCCGUCAAGCGUCCAGCAGUCUUCCUCGCCAUCCAGCGCCUUGGCCGGGUUCGUCCAGUCCGCCUACAACCCCGACCCCAGCAGUACUAGCGGUCUGGCCCAUCAUCAUCAAGACCUCUUCGGCUCCGCGCAAUCGACGCUCUCCAGUCUGCCCCGUCAUGGGCUCAUCAAUGGCUCGAACCUGCUCCCUCCGGGUCAAGCUGCUUCGUUCCCGCAACUGGGCUCGAACGAUCUCUCUUCUGGUUCUACUAAUGGGUUCCCCAUCGGCGCCCCCUGGGUCUGGGGUUGAUCUCGUGUCUCCUCCUCUUGCUUUGUUUGUGUCUUCUUGUUGUGCUGCUUCCUGCCUCAUUCGCACUGUAUCAUCUAUUGAGCAAUCUCUGUCUUUACUUUGCGAUCUCUCUCUCUUUCUUUCCUUUUACACAUCUUUCUCUCUUUCCCCCCCCCCUUCCAAUACCCCAAGUUAUUUCUGUCGGUCUAUCAUCAGUCUUGUCGACUGUUUUUUUUUUUUUUUCUUUCACACGCUUUACUCUGUUUGGUUCUUCUCUGCCUGCUUCCCUCUUUUCAGGGGGAUCAUAUAUAAACAGUGUUAUGCUUAUCUAUAUAUAUAUAUGUGUGUGUUGGUGUGUGUAUCCGAGCUUGGUUAUGAGGGGCCACAAAUCAAAGAAUAAAAGAAGAGGAGGAGGAGGAGGAGACUGGCCCGCUGAAGAGUGUCCGUCUGGCCUGCUUCUCUCGUUCGGGUCUCCUCUCUCUUUCUGGAAAUCCUUGCCACAAUCAAGCUUGGUCUUUUUCUUUUCUUUUUCUUACUAUUAUUAUCGGUUUAUUCUUUUUUGGUUGUUCCCCUUCGAAGACAUUUUUGAGCCUGUUAUCCACUUUUUUGUUUUUUGACAUUCCUCUCUCUCUUUCUCUUUCUCUCUUUUUUUUUUGAUUGGUUUGGAUCUUUUUUUCUUUCCAUCUCAUUUACAUUUACAUUUACAUUCAUUCAUUUUUUUUUUUUUUGGUUGGUUGUUUUUCUUUCUUUUUUGCUAUUUAAUUUUUCUUUUCUUUUAUAAAAAAAUCAAAUCUAUAAAAAAAAAAUUGUUUAUAUACAAGACAGACAGACUUGCAUAUUUUUGGAAGAUGGAAGCUGGGUAAGGCCGAUGAUGGGGUACUCUCUUGUUGACCAGCAAGCAAGAAAACAAAAGAAGAAUUGAUAUCGGUGGACGGAUGUGUGUGUCCAG